AUGUUGAUCGCAGAUCACAUAUCAGCACAGCACUGUCUGUGGCGCUGUCUUGGCCUGGCAUCUUGGCAGCCCAUUGCGGUGUCUUGGCCUGAUCUCUUAGUGGUCCAUGGUGGUCCCUCCGCCCGGUUUAUCACGGCACAGUUUCGGCCUGAUCUCUCAAUCGUCCAUAGUGAUGCGUCGGCCCGGUUUAUCACGGCACAGUAUCGGCCUGAUCUCUCAGUGGUCCAUGGUGGUGCGUUGGCCCGGUCUAUCACGGCACAGUAUUGGCCUGAUCUCUCAGUGGUCCAUGGUGGUCCCUCGGUCCAGUUUCUCACGGCACAGUAUCGGCCUGAUCUCUCAGUGGCCCAUGGUGGUCCCUCGGCCCGGUUUAUCACGGCACAGUAUCGGCCUGAUCUCUCAGUGGUCCACGGUGGUGCGUUGGCCCGGUCUAUCACGGCACAGUAUCAGCCUAAUCUCUCAGUGGUCCAUGGUGGUGCGUUGGCCCGGUCUAUCACGGCACAGUAUCGGCCUGAUCUCUCAGCGGUCCAUGGUGGUCCCUCGGCCCGGUUUAUCACAGCACAGUAUUGGCCUGAUCUCUCAGUGGUCCAUGGUGGUGCGUUGGCCCGGUCUAUCACGGCACAGUAUUGGCCUGAUCUCUCAGUGGUCCAUGGUGGUCCCUCGGUCCAGUUUCUCACGGCACAGUAUCGGCCUGAUCUCUUAGUGGUCCACGGUAGUGCCUCAGCUCGGUUUACCACAGCACAGUAUUGGCCUGAUCUCUCAGUGGGCCAUGGCGGUGCGUUGGCCCGGUUUAUCAUGGCACAGUAUCGGCCUGAUCUCUCAGUGGUCCAUGGUGGUCCCUCAGCCCGGUUUCUCAUGGCAGAGUAUUGGCCUGAUCUCUCAGAGGUCCGGGGUGGUGUCAGCCCGGUUUCUCAGUGCCUGAUGGCAAUCUCUUGGCCCGAUCUCUCGUUGGCUUGUGGUGGUGUCCUGGCAUGUGAGGAGUCCUGCCCGGGCACACUCCGGCGGUGCCGUGGGAGAUCAGGGUGGCACUUCAGCAGCAGCAGACAUGGCAUCACGUUCUAAUGCGGGAAGAG